UCGCUGUAGUUGGUGUUAUUAAAGUGAAUUUUAGUGUUCGAAUACUGUAAUGUCUUCAAAAGAGGGAGUUUUGUAUCAUCAGCUGUUCUUGGCCUAUAAAGGCUCUCAUGCUAACUUGCCAGCGCAACUGUGUCAAAAAAUUGCCAACGAUAUUUGGAAAAUGGCUAAAGAAAAACUAAAAAAUAAAUAAAAAUUUAUAGAACAUAUAAAUGAUAUUAUACGACAGUUGAAGGUGAAGGCCACGAAGAAGAAAGCAACAAUGCUUAGUUAUUUUACACAGCUACUUAUGGAAACUUCAAGCACGCCAGCACCACGCCCAGGCACGCUUAGGCCCAAUGUUCCCUCGACUUCACUUGCUCUUCAACAAAAACAGKUGCAUCUGCUUGAUUCGGGUGUUGUAGCUUCAUCUCAUAUGGAAUCGAUUGUCGCAGUCACUGGACAUAAAAGCACUGCCGUUAAAGGACAGAUGAGCGAUACCCACGAUGAACAAAGUCGGAAUACUGAUGAGGAAAUUGUGCAGACACCGUCUACGGAACCACAUACGUCUUUGAUUGAUUCGGGCUUCACUAAAAAUGUUACAAGCAAACCGGCUCAAGAUGAUCUUAUGAAAAAAAUUAGUCUACUGCAACAGAGAAUAAAUGUUCUUACUGAAGCAAGGGACACUCGAAUAGCUAAAGAUGAUGUUCACGACGAAAUAAAAAAGCUACGCAAAGAGUUGAAAGAAGAAGAAAAAUGUUUAAAGAAAAAAGAGACUGCUAAACGUGCAAAAAAAUUUCGAGCCAAAGAAAAACUGGAGAAAACUGAACGUCAGAGAAACAAUCCUCCUGCAGCACAACCUCGAACUAGCUCUGGACAGCCCCCUUUAGUUGACUCGCAACCUGCUCUCCUAGAGACCAUAAUAAAUAUUGCCAUUCAUGGCAGCGCUGCUGGUGAACGCCGCCGAACAGAGAUGAUUAGGAGUUGUCUCACUCUGUCCGACCUGCAUAAGGGGCUGUUGUUAACGGGAUUCAAAAUUUCUCGAAGCGGCACAUAUCUUCAUUUACUCCCACGCGUUUCUAACACUCAAGAGGGAAGAAGGCACGUACGUACCGUACCCGUAAAGUUAGCAAGACCACAGACCGAGAUGCACAAAAAGCACGAGGACGGGGAAUUUUGCACUGCUACAAUCAGGUCAUUGGAAUCUCUCGCGUCGCUUCUGGGACCGCAGCAAGUAUUCGUUCUCUCACAAGAUGAUAAGGCACGUGUACCAAUAGGUUUACCGGCAGUGAAAAGUCAGAGCCCUCUUCUAAUGCAUAUGGAAUACAGAAUACUUUUACCUGAUCAUGACUGGGUCGUGGCAGAGAGGCACAAACUUAUUCCUUCUGUAUAUGCCGGCGUCAACGUGGAACCAAAAAAAUUCCGGUAAGGAAGAAGCUGUUGGGUACAGCGGGCCGACAUACAUAUCCAUAAGAAAAACUUUGCGAUUGAACAUUUUAAAAAAUACAACUUGGACGCCCUGUUUAUAGCGACUAAUGCUCCUGGGCGGAGCGCAUAUAACCGAGUUGAGCGYCGCAUGGCUCCCCUCAGCAAACGACUGGCAGGGGUCAUUCUGCCUCAUGAACAUUUUGGUUCUCAUCUCGACAACAAAGGAAUUACUACGGAUGUUGAUUUGGAAAAACGCAAUUCUCAGCACGCUGGAGAAACACUUGCAGAAGUGUGGAGAGAAAUGAAAAUUGACAAUUACGACGUUUCGGCGGAGUAUAGACAGCCCGAAGAUAGCAUGCAGGAUCCAGCAGAACCAAAUCUGGCGUGGUAUAGCGUUCACGUCCGUGAAUCGCAAUAUUUUUUACAGGUUAUAAAAUGCGCGGAUGAAUCCUGCUGUUCGCCACCGAGAAGUGCAUUGAAAUCUGUGUUUACGGAUACUUUCAUGCCGCCACCUUGCCCAAUACUUCAAACCCCAAGCAAGCUCGUAGUACCCAGUUUGCCAGACAAGGGAACAUCCAAGUUUUCAACACUUCUUGUGAGGUUGUCACUUGAUCUGUCACCUCCUCUAGAAAGGUUUAAGCAGAUGCCUUACGACUUCUUUUGUCCAUCUGUACAAUCCGACCUAAAAAUAAAGUAUGUCCAAAAUGUGGGAUCUAUUUCACAUCUCACAGGAGUGUUCAAAUGCACUGUCGUUACGUGCAUGGCAAGAUUGUCCAAGACAAUUGUGAAACUAGAGUACGGCCGCAGCGCCUUGCUGCCAGAAGGGCAAAUGAGUUUCUCUGCAUUGUGCGUAGUUAUGAAACAUCGUCAGAGGAUGCUGACUGGCUCGAUGAAGAUGAAGUUGACAAAAAAACGUUACGGUCCAUUACGAGGGGGGAGGGGGGUGUAAAAAAUCUUCAAAAAUUGCGUUACGUAAUACUUGAACGCUCCCUUAAUUCAAGGGGAAGAAAUGGUUUUUUAACUUCGGUAACACUUGAUUGUGAAGUGAAAAGAAAUCCCAGCUCAUGAAUAGUAUUUUUAAGAUUUUCAACUGCUAAGUCAAUCUCAUCGCCAGAUUUUAGGGGUAUAUCUAAACUAGUUCGAUUCACAAGCCAGUUUCUAAAUACUGCUAUAUCUGUAUUUUGCGUAAUAAUCUUAUAUGGUUUUUCCAUACAUGACACAGUAGUCCCAAAAGUUACAAAUAUUGGUGAAUGAUCAGAGUUUAAAUCAAAGCUCUCCUUAAUGUGGAGUUGGUGUUGUGAUAUACCUUUAUACACAACAAAAUCUAACAGGUCCGGUCUUUUUCGAAGGUCACUAGGCCAGAAUGUAGGUUUUCCUGUAGAAAUAGUUCAGUAAUUGAACUUUGUUAUACAUUUAAAUAGCUCAGUUACUCAGUCUAGAUCCCCACCAAGGAUGCUUAGCGUUAUAGUCCCCUCCAGCAAUAAAGUGGUUACCGAGACUUUGAAAGAAUUUUUUAUAGUCAUAUAAGGUACACCGCUGCUAUAGAUACAUCAAUAUGCCGUUCCCACGACAGUCGGGUCUACGAAAACCGGAACGGACGCGGAUUUUUAUCCGGCCAAGGACCAGAGCCGUAACUAGGACGUGGCGAAGGUGGCACCCGCCACGGGCGCAACAGUCGCAGAGGCGCAACGUAGGUUGAGCCUACAUACGCCUGACGAAAUAUCGGUUGCUGAGCGUCCGAAAGAGCUACCGUCUGAAACUGGCGCGUCAUYCACGGCGGGCGAAACAAGAGACAUAGGGCGCGAACGGACCGAAAAAACUGCAGCCAGUGCAGUGGGCAGCAAUGCGGCAGUACCACACGUGCCAGUGCGAAUGUAAUCGUCGCGAGGCGCGCACAAAGCAAGGGCACCCGUGGAUGUGCUAUUCCAGAAAUCGGGGGCGCCACGCUAUUAGUGCGAAUCUGUCAGUCCUGUUUCUGUGCCCACUGCCGGCCGUGCCGUGUGUUGUGCUAUAGGGCAGUCAGCCAUAAUCUGUGUUCAUCUGUGAUCCAGGUGACAAAACGCAUGCUUUUUUCAAUAACAUAUGAUGCAAUGAUGUAAAAUUGUGCAAAUUGUAGAUUUUGUUUUCCAUAGACAAUGAGGACUAUCGGAAGGUGCUUUCUGAUUUUCGGUAUAACAUACGGUUUAGCCGGAAAUACUAACAAUUUUUGUCUUUCAAACGACACAUACAUGUUUUUUCUUCAGUUUUGGAAUAAACAUUCAUUCCCCUCUAGAAUAAUAUACAAUGUGCAUAAAUUCCAAGAAAAUAGUAUUUGAAAAUUGUAUCCUAAUCUAGCAAUAUCAACUACACAUCAAGGUUCCUAUUUAUAAUAUCCAUGGAAACUUGCCAUUAGUCGUUUUACGUUAUUGUAUAGGAUAAUUAGUUCCUAUUCCAAAAUCAAGGAAAAAAUAUGUAAGUGCCAUUUGAAAAACAAAAAUUGGUAGUAUUUCCGGUCAAAGCGCAACUCACUCAGGUCGAGCACAGAUGACUAGUGACGGAGAGAUUGCAAAAUGUAAAUGCAAUUCUUUAGAAACACUGGGUUGAUUCCUAAUAUACGGUAUGUUCUUCCGGCUCGGCUCGGAGCUGCUCGACUCAUAGCCGAGCGAACGUGAAUGGAAGGUGCGCGGCGCGUAAUUGAUCUCCGCUCCCCACACUUGCGUAUUCCACAAGCCGCAUGGUGUAAUGGCAAAGCGCUUGCUUACGGAUCCAGAGGUCAUGGAUUCGAACCCUACCCCUCGCAUUCUUUCUACUUUUUUCCUUUGGCAAGGACUGUCAAUUCUGCCGUUACAACAACAACAUACAUCAAUAUGCAUACAUUUAAUUUGAAUAGCUGCAGCUUGUAUAUUUACUAAAUUCACGUUAUCAAGUUUUUAAAAUUUAAGAGUGUUUUUAACAAUUACUGCUAACCUCCUUCUUGCUAAAAAUCAUGGAAAAGAUCAUAGACCAGGAAAUAAGAUCGAAGGCUCUUAUAACUGCACCCCUGCAUGCAAAUCAGCAUGCGUACAGAGCAGGCAGAUCGACGAACACCGCCCUUUACCAGCAAACCUCGGAGAUACAGAACUCGCUGGACUCCGGGGAGAUGACGUUAUGCGCCUUCUUAUACAUCGAAGGUGCCUUUGACAACGCGUCCCACGGGAGCGUAGUAAGGGCACUGGAGAAAAGUAAUGUGGCACCUACAAUGCGCAGGUGGAUAGAGGCGGUACUGCGCACCAGAAUAGCUGAAACCACAUCAGGAGGCACCAGUAUUCGUCUCAGUACUACAAGGGGCUGCCCACAGGAAGGCGUGCUAUCCCCCCUGUUGUGGAGCAUAGUCGUGGACGAGCUGCUGGUGCUGUUGACUAACAAUGGAAUCCGCUGUCAAGGAUAUGCGGACGACAUUGUUAUUAUAGCCAGAGGAAAAUUUGUGAGUACUCUCUGCGAUCUCUUACAAAGGGGACUAGGUCAGGCCAAGGGUUGGUGUAAUAGUGUCGGACUAAACAUCARCCCCUUGAAAACGACCAUCGUCCCGUUUACGAGGCGCAGGUCUCUGC